CUCCAUUCUGAACUGACACGAGUUCCAUCGAUCGAGCUUGCAAGAGCGUUGCUGGUAGAAGCCCUUAGGAACUGGCUUAUGAGCUGAAAAUAAAACAAAUAACCAGUACCGAUGGGAGAUCGUUGCAGGAACAUGCGGUUACGAGAGUGGCUGAUUGCUCAGAUAGACAGCGGUAAUUAUGCAGGGCUGAGUUGGGAGAACCAAGAAAAAAACAUGUUUCGGAUUCCUUGGAAACACGCAGCUAAACAAGACUACAACCAGGACGAGGAUGCCGCUCUGUUCAAGGCCUGGGCGGUGUACAAGGGCAAAUUCUGCGAAGGGAAGGACAAGGCCGACCCCUCUACCUGGAAGACACGGCUUCGCUGUGCAAUGAACAAGAGCACCGACUUCAAGGAGGUUCCGGAGCGAAGCCAGCUGGACAUCUCCGAGCCGUACAAGGUGUACGAGAUCAUGGACGAGGGGGAGAAGAAGACAGACCCACCUGAUAGUCCAGUGCCCCCAGCCCAGCGGAUCUAUAACAGGAGCCAGCACGCGCUCCAGAGGGGUCCCCAUGCUCUGCAGGCUCAGUUCCCCAUGCAGGUUGAUGGUGAAUGGGAGAAGGUGACUGAGAAGCCCAGUAUGCAGUACAAGGCUGCCGCCCCACUCAAACCUGCAGACAAUAACAGACAUGUGAAGGGAACGUUUUAUACAUAUACAACACCUGGAACCCAGGCACCUGAGAAAGCCCAGAGCUUCCAGGCAGCACCGCGCCCCUACCCAACACAGCUCCAGAUAUCAGAUUUCCGCGUGAACGUGUGCCUAUACUACCAGGGCACGCUGGUAGAGAACUUCACGACCAGCACGAUGGAUGGCUGCCGGAUCCUGCAUGGCUCGGUGCCCGUGGAGAACGAGCACAUCUACGGCCCAUCCAGCAUGGAGCAGCUGCGCUUCCCCUCACCGGAGAGAGCCGGGGCUGACAAGUGGGUCGUCGAGGCCAUGAGCCGCCUGCUCCCCCACCUGGAGAGGGGUGUCCUGCUGUGGGUGGCCCCAGACGGGGUCUUCCUCAAGCGCCUCUGCCAGGGCCGGGUCUACUGGGAUGGGCCCCUUGCCCCGUUCUGCAACCAGCCCAACAAACUGGAGCGCGACAAGACCUGCAAACUGCUGGACAUGCAGCUCUUCCUUCAAGAGCUGGAGCUGUACAUGCGAGAAGGUCGUCCGUGUCCCCGCUUCCACAUUGACCUGUGCUUCGGAGAGGAGUUCCCUGACCCGCCACAACACAAGUCCAAGAAACUCAUCACUGCACACAUCGAGCCCCUGUUUGCCAGAGAGCUGUACAGGAAGGCCCAGCAGAUUGGUCCAAGGACUCUGCACAGCCUCCAGUUACCCAAGACCAACACAGAUGAUAGGCCCCACAUCAUCGCCAAGUACCCGGUGCAGUGAGUGAUGCUACCAUUCUCCUUGAGCACUGGUCUCAUUGAACCAGAUACUGAAUAUAAUGAGUGCUGAACUGAAGCUGCCUUGGUACUGAGUGAGCCUGCAGAGAGAGAGAGAGAGAGAGAGAGAGAGAGAGAGAGAGAGAGAGAGAGAGAGAGAGAGAGGAGAGCAGCACAGCUAAAAGACUCCUCCACCAGCAUCUCAGUACAGCUGAAGACUCCCGCCUCCAUCUCAACGCUACAUCACCCAAGCACAGGACUGGUGAGAGCCCACCGCGCUCUCGCAGACAGAACCCACCACCCACAGCCGAACACUGGCCUCCCUUCGGAGCAGUCUGCUCAUGUGGAGGUCAAUGGUGUGCGUCUGUACUUUGAAAGACAUUUACUUUUCAUCGAAUGCAAUAUUUCUUGAUGGGAGUCAUUAGGAUGAUUCAUUUUUUAAGGAAGGAUCUACAUAUUUUUGUAUGUACAGCAGUUUAAAAAGUUUUUCCCAAAUAAAUAAUGGGACCGAGGCUGACGAGUGUCCCGGUAGAUGGGUAGUACCUUAACUGACUGGAUAGACUGCAUUCUGCAUUGGCUAGUUAAGUUUAGAUUUGAGUCUGAGUACUGCUCUUGUGUCGAUUUGAAAUUUGGCUUGGCACUGUAUUAAUAGUAACUGCAGAAACUGCAUGAGCAAUAGAUUUGGAGGUAGGUUUGAGAAACUGAAAAAUGACGACAUUCUUACAAACUAACAUCUUAACGCUUUUAAGAAAAAAUAACUGUGAUUCAUUUUUUUACUUGUACGAAUAUCCUGAGAUGUGAAAAACAGUCUUUUUCUCUUUCCCGUGUUUGUGUACCAAUGAGUUUACCCAAGCACUGUGAAGAGGCAUUGAGAUUUUAAUUUUUUUAUCAGAGAUCUUGUGAAUGAGCAGAAUGCAUUGCUUUGUGGGUAACCUUAAUUAAAAGUGAUUAUUAUGACUAAUUCAUGUUUGAUUUUACACACGCUCCAGGAAAUGUAAUUAGAUAUGAACUGAAAUAAGGGGAUGGUUAAUUAAUUGAAUGAUUAAAAAAAAACUUUUAAUAGCUUUCAUGUUGAUUUUUAUUUUUUAUUUUACUGUGAACAGAACCAAUUGUCUGCUCUGGGGGAGAUAGAGGGAUAGAGUAUAAGAAGAGGCAGCCUUUCACUAGGGUGAGAUCAUGACACGUUUACAGAGUUCCUUAAUAAGCAACUUAUUCUCGUUUGACUUGUUUUAAGCAAUCUGAAUUGCAGUUCCUCUUUGCCAGGCACAUAUAAUGAAUCAUUACAUUUUUUUAAUGUAUUUUUAAUUUGAAAAAAUAAAAGUGAAUCUUUGAACUCCUAAUCACUGGUGGCUGUUGAAUUUCAUUCAUUGGAACUCUCUGUUUGUUUGCUUGUUUGUAUCAGUUGCUGUUCAGUGAAAGUUUUUAUCCGUUGUGUUUCUGUGCGAAUCAUUUACAUCUUGGGGUUAUCUCGAAAGUUGUCCAGCUCUUCAUCAGCACAACUGAGAUUAGCACAGCACUGUGUAUAAUUGUCCGUCUUGACUGGAAAUCAAGUGUUGUGUUGCAUUGUUAAUAUUAGCGUUUAGUUAUUGUUGUCAAUUAAACAAAGCCAUUGUAAAGAACGCGUCUGCCCCACUGUGGUAGAAAUCUGACCUUGCACGUCAUUGAACUGAACAGCAGCUGUUGAGGAUGUGCCCUCUGGUGGUGGAAUCGAGGUAUUGCCGCAUACAUUUAUAUGGCGAGUCCCUGUCCACACAGCUCUGCAUCCCUGCUCAGGAUCUUGAAAUUCUGCAGGGAGGCUUUCAGAGUAACUUCAGUGAGGACAGGACAGACCCAGCACAUGACACAAGAGAUCCUUCACUGUUCUCCAGGAGGAGAGUUCAUGCAGCAGCAACUUACACACACGUUCUUAGAAAUCUAGAAAGCUUUUUUUAUUAUU